AUGAACUUUCAAAUUUAUCGUCAAUCCGCAAACAAAAUUUUCAAUCAUCACCUUUAUUACAAUACUUUAUUACUAACGUCCCAUAACAAAUUAUGUAAAUUUGUUAAUUUAUACAAUAAACGAAAUGAUGAACAACUUGAUCUAAUUCGCAAUUUUUCCAAUUCUCUUCCCUUUUUUGUCACGGUAACCUCGUUUCGCUUAGCGCAAUCACCUGGGAGACCACGACGGGACGAAGAAAUCGAUAUUCCCUUUGUAAAUUUCGUAAAUACCGAAGGAAAAAUGGAGGGAAUUCGAAGCACUAAAGAACUCUUAUCAACAAUCAACCGAGGAAAAUAUUGGCUCGUAGAGGUAUCACCGAAUGCGAACCCACCCGUCUGCAAACUCGUCGACAAAAAAGAAACAUUUGCCAAACAAAAAACAUUAAAACAGAAAUCCAAAGUUUUGCUACAUUCCGGACACUUGAAAGAGGUGCAGUUGAGCUGGAGUGUCUCGGAUAAUGAUUUCUCGCGGAAACUUUCGAAAGCUAAAGAGUUUCUUCAGAAAGGAUACAAUUUGAAGAUUAUUGUCAAGACGAGGAAAGGUGGUAAUCGACCAUCGCCUCAAGAUGAAAAAUCGAUGCAUAAGAGAAUCGUUGAUGCGCUUACAGAAUAUGCAAAAGAAAUUAAAGUGCCCGAUUUUGGCAAAGGAACAUUAACUAUUGAUAUUACCGGAAAAGGAUUACUUUUGGGGGAUACAAAAAAAAUUGAAGCAAAUGAUACGGAAAAGUAA